AACACCCAUUUGCCACUCUCCCUACCCCUCCCACCUCCUCUUUUCUCCUCUUGCUUUAAUUUUGUCGGAGUUCUCCGGACUCAGGCUCAGGUUCGGGCCUUCGGGGUUUGUGGCCUCUGGGACCCGGUCAUAAUUUCCAUCCCAGUCGCAACUCGUAAGUCCCCUACUCAAGGCCCAGGCUCCAUUUGGGACCUGCCGACCCGCUCAUGCCGGGACUCUGUCGCUGCCACCCGCCUGCCGCCGCCACUGCCGCCACUGCCUGAGCCCUGAUGGGGGAGUGAGAGGUCACAGCUGGCCGGACAUGGGCCUCCCCACCGUGCCUGGCCUGCUGCUGCCACUGGUGCUCCUGGCUCUGUUGGUGGAAAUAUCCCCCUCCGGGGUUACUGGACUGGUCCCUCACUUCAGGAACCGGGAGAAAAGAGACAGCAAGUGUCCCCAGGGAAAAUACAGCCACCCUCAAAACAAUUCCAUUUGCUGUACGAAGUGUCACAAAGGGACCUACCUGUACAAUGACUGUCCCGGCCCAGGGCUGGACACGGACUGCAGGAAGUGUGAAAAUGGCACCUUUACUGCUGUUGAGAACUACUUCCGUCAAUGCUUCAGCUGCCGGAAGUGCCGAAAAGAAAUGGGCCAGGAGGAGCUUUCUCCUUGCACAGUGGACCAGGACACUGUGUGUGGCUGUAAGAAGAACCAGUACCAGAAACAUUGGAAUGGCGAUCUUUUCCGGUGCCUGAACUGCAGUCUCUGCCUCAAUGGCACGAGGCAAAUCCCAUGCAAGGAAAAACAGAACACCGUAUGUGCCUGCCACAAGGGGUUCUUCCUAAGAGACAACGAAUGUGUGUCCUGUGAUAACUGUAAGCCAAACACGGAGUGCGUGAAGUUUUGCCAAACCCCAUCUGAAAUCUGGAGCCCUGAUAAGGACUCUCAGGACACAGUUCUUCCCCAGGUGCUCCUGGCUCUGUUGGUGGAAAUAUCCCCCUCCGGGGUUACUGGACUGGUCCCUCACUUCAGGAACCGGGAGAAAAGAGACAGCAAGUGUCCCCAGGGAAAAUACAGCCACCCUCAAAACAAUUCCAUUUGCUGUACGAAGUGUCACAAAGGGACCUACCUGUACAAUGACUGUCCCGGCCCAGGGCUGGACACGGACUGCAGGAAGUGUGAAAAUGGCACCUUUACUGCUGUUGAGAACUACUUCCGUCAAUGCUUCAGCUGCCGGAAGUGCCGAAAAGAAAUGGGCCAGGAGGAGCUUUCUCCUUGCACAGUGGACCAGGACACUGUGUGUGGCUGUAAGAAGAACCAGUACCAGAAACAUUGGAAUGGCGAUCUUUUCCGGUGCCUGAACUGCAGUCUCUGCCUCAAUGGCACGAGGCAAAUCCCAUGCAAGGAAAAACAGAACACCGUAUGUGCCUGCCACAAGGGGUUCUUCCUAAGAGACAACGAAUGUGUGUCCUGUGAUAACUGUAAGCCAAACACGGAGUGCGUGAAGUUUUGCCAAACCCCAUCUGAAAUCUGGAGCCCUGAUAAGGACUCUCAGGACACAGGCACCGCAGUGCUGUUGCCCCUGGUGAUCUUCUUGGCUCUCUGCCUUUUAUCCCUCCUGUUCAUGGGUUUUGUAUGCCGCUUCCAACGAUGGAAGCCCAAGCUCCUCUCCAUUUUUUGUGGGGAAUCGACACCUCCAAAUGAGGGGGACCCCGAGCACCCGGCCUCAGCUUCAAGCUUCAGUCCCAUCCCCAGCUCCCCCUUCAACCCUACCGACUGGUCCAAUUUCAGGCCUGCAUCACCCCCCAAAGAGAAGGUUUUACCCCACCAGGAGAUUGGCCCCCUCCUCUCAGCGGCUCCAGCCUCCACCCCCAUCCCCACCCCUCUUCAGAAGUGGGAGGACAGGGCCCACACACAGCGCGCUGACACCGACCCGGCAACGCUGUAUGCGGUGGUGGAUCGCGUGCCCCCGUCGCGCUGGAAGGAGUUCAUGCGGCGGCUGGGGCUGAGUGAGAACGAGAUUGAGAGGCUGGAGCUACAGAACGGGCGCUGCCUGCGCGAAGCGCAUUACAGCAUGCUGGCGACCUGGCGGCAGCGCACACCACGACGAGAAGCCACACUGGAGCUGCUGGGCCUUGUGCUCCGCGACAUGGACCUGCUCGGCUGCCUGGAGAGCAUCCAGGAGGCACUGUGUGGCCCCACCUCCCUCUCACCCGUCUCCCGCCUGCCCUGAUGAGGCCACGCCCCCUGGGAGGGGCCUGCCCUGAGGACAGCGGCUUUCUGCCACAGGGCGCCCCACGGACCUUGCAAGAUGCUCUCUAGACCCCCUUUUUUAUGGAGAGGAAGGGUCUUGGAGGGGCAGGCAUGAGCUGGCAGCCAUUUACUUGGUGCUAUUCCCUCAGUGUACAUAGCUUUUCUCAGCUGUCUGAACACUGCUGGAGGGUCAGCUCUGUGUGUGUGUUUGUGUGUGUGUGUGUGUGUGUGUGUGUGUGUGUGUGUGUGUGUGUGAGAGAGAGAGAGAGA